CAACAAUUUCUUGCAACGAUUACACAGAAGAAAAAAUAGUGAACUUUUUAAAAACAUUUUGGUGUGGAAAACAAACAGCUAUACUAGCCCCCGAAAACUUGUUAAAUUUGAUUCAAACAGCUUAUCGCAAUCAUUUUUCCCAAUCUUCCGCACAUCUUGUAAUAGCACAAAACAUAGUAGAGGACAUUCAAUCUGAAGAAAGACAGGACAACAUCGUAAGGCAGGAACAUGAUAGAGCCCAUCGUGGAAUUCAGGAGGUCGAACAACAAAUCAAAAGAUCAUUUUUCUUUCCAAAUAUUGUGAAAAAAAUACGUAAAUACAAUAAUUCUUGUCAAAUAUGCCUACAACACAAAUACGAAAGGAAACCGUACAACAUAAAAAUAACUCCAAGACCAAUAGAAACUGCACCAUUUCAUAGAAUCCACAUUGACAUUUUUGGAAUAGAUAAAAAUAACUAUCUGACAAUAAUUUGCGCAUUUUCCAAACACUUGCAGGCAAUUAAAAUUGACACAAGAAACACCAUUGACAUUCAAAAUGCGUUAAGCCAGUACUUCUCUACCUUUUGCAAACCAAAAUUAAUUGUUUGUGAUCAUGAAAAUUCAUUUAGAAGCAUUCAACUACAAGACUUCCUAAAUAAUUUAGGAAUAAGAAUCGAAUUUGCUUCUUCAUCAGAAUCAAAUGGGCAAAUUGAAAAGGCGCAUAGUACGAUCAUAGAAUUGCUAAACACAAAUAAACACAAAUUUCCAACAUUGAAAACCAACCAGCUCAUGCCAAUCAUUAUAUCACUUUAUAACGAAACUAUAAGCUCAAGCACAGGAUUUACCCCAAACGAAAUUAUUUUCAAUAGAUCUGAUUCAAUCAAUCCCGAAGAAGCCAAUAUUAAUAAACAAAGAAUGUUUAAAACAGUUUCAGUGAACCUUUUAAAAACAGGGAACCGAAUGAAAAAAUACAAUGAUAGAAAAGAAAACCCUCCGAACAUUCCCGAAGGAAAAGAAAUUUUUAUAAAAAAGGGUGUUAGGAAAAAAUUAGAUCCAAGAUACAACACAGCUUGUUGUCUACAAAGCAACGAAAAAACAUUAAAAAUCAAUAGAAAUGUUAAAAGAAAAACAGCAUGACCCGAGGAUUACAUUGCUUAAUCAUUUUACUGUCAUACUUUUACAAAAAUUUCGGCCAAGAAUUGGAAAUCACAAACUUCAACGAACAACCGGUACUGUUUUUAAAAUCCGGAAAAUGUAGAGUGCAAACGGGCACUAUAAAUCUAAUCCACCCAAUCAAUAUAACGAAUCUAGAAAACAAUGUAAAAGACCUACUAAACUUAGCCUACGCGGACGAAAAUAGUAACAUCAAAGAAAUUGUCCGUAUCAAAGCCAGAAUGAUGUUUUCAAACCUCAUGCAAAUACUACCGAAAAACCAUCGUACAAUCAGGAGCAUAGAAGCUAUCGGCCAAGUAUGGAAAUGGAUUGGUGGCAGCCCGGACGCAGAUGAUCUCAGAAUCAUAAACGGAACGCUCAACGAACUGAUUGACAACAACAACCAACAGUUCCAGGUCAACGAACAACUAAACAAAAGAAUGCAGCAUCUCACAGAAGUCGUCAACGAAAUUGUCUCGAAAAGCAACUCGAAGGUAGACGAUUUCAAUUCGAUCAUAACGCUUAUCAAGGUCGAUGCGAUGAACCACUUUCUUGAAGCAAUUCAAGAAACGAUAGUUUUUACACGAGCUUCGAUAACAAACAACAAAUUACUCUCCAUGCACGAAAUCAACACCAUCAGAACAACGCUCGAAGAUCAAGGAAUACGUACAACAAUACCGGACGAAGCCCUUAAUCUUGUUCUCCCAAAAAUCGCCAUAAACAAAGAUAAUCUUUUGUACAUUCUAAAAAUACCACAAAUGGAGGAAGUGGAAUCAACAAUUCUGGAGGUGUACCCACUCAUCGUUAAUGAAACAACCUUGACCGAAUAUUCACGGUAUUUGGUAAAAAGAAACUCCAAAUUAUUCACUACAACCCAUCCUGAAGAGUACAUACAACGGGAGAAAUUCCUUAGUGAGUAUUAUAAUACAUGCAUUUCCAAUCUCGUCUUAGGUAAAACAAGUAAUUGCUCUACAAGAAGGGAGACCGGGACCGAAAUAAAGGAAAUCGCUGAAGGUAUUAUACUCAUAAAUAACGCCAAAACAUUAUCGCUGAAAUCCGACUGCGGGCCGGAUGAUAGAACUAUUAAUGGGAAUAUGCUGAUCAAGCUCUCGAACUGCAGCAUGGCUAUAGAGAACAAGACUUUCACAUCUAAGUCGAUUAUUUCGGAAGCAGAACCGUUUUGGGGAGCUACUCACAAUCUUGUGAUACAUCGUCAUCAGUCGGUAACUCUCGAAAAUUAUCAUGACCAGUUCCUUAAUCGCAAAGAAUUGCAGCACAUCAGUCUACAACAGUACAACAAUUUCCAUUGGAAUUGGGGUUUGCUUGGAGGAAUAACCGUAUCAACAUCUAUAACCUUAACGAUAGCUAUUAUCAUUUUUUACUUAUACAAGAGAACCAUUCGCAUGCUAUCCAACGCACUGAGACCAACUGUAGAAAACGUUAACCCGAGCAACACGAAGCAUCAACUUACAGAAAACGCAUGAGGACACGCUCAUCUUCACCCCCCGGAGGAGUUACGUGUCCACGCUACGACACUGUACACCGCCACGUCUAGACGGCGUGUCAGCGUCUAACGCAGCCGCAACCCGAUCCAGCCACGCGCACCUGGUCUGUGUCAGCAGAACCGACGCGCCCGAAACAAUUCCGACGCGUUAAGCGAAUGAUGUACUUUAGUCUUUAGAGAGAGCUCCGCGAGAAUAAACGUUAUAAAAACUAAAACCCUCGUGUAC